ACAAAUAACGGCACACAAUAUAGUCUACGGCCACGAGCCUGUGUGCGCCGGCCGAAAUACGCGAGUGACGUACGUGCGUGAACAGAAGUCGCGUCGCCAUCAUGGCCGGGCUGGGCGACACGUCGGGCGACAUACAGCCGAUGACCGAUCAUGUCAAGGACAUACUUCAGAUGACCCGCGACUCGGAGAUGAUGCAGAGCUACGUUCGGGUGGGCAAGUCGGACGAGUCGGACGACUGUGGCGCCGGUGGAGGUGGUGGUGGAGGUGGCAGCGAGGCGAACGGCAUGUGCGUCGGCGGAGUCGGAGGUGGCGUCGGCCGAGGCGAGUCGGAUUCGGACGACGUAGCCGGAGCGACGGGUUACGUGAUCGGCGUCGGUGCGAGUGGAGUCAACGGUCACGGUGGGCCGGGCGCCAGGCGGCCUGGUCGAAAGGGCUGUAGGGUGCCUGCGGGUCGGCGUCAUGCGAGGCGUAAGGGUGGUGGUGGUGGUGGUAGUGGUACUACUGGAGGUGGUGGUGGUGGUGGUUCUUUUGGAGGURGCGGUGGUGGUGGUCCGACCACGACGUUCGACGAGCUGACCGAAGAGUUCAAGACGCGCAAAUCGGGCACCGGCGGUGGAGGAGGCGUCAGUGGCGGUGGCGGUGGUUUCGGUGGCGGCUGGGCCAAGCGGCACAAACGUGACUCCCGGUCCAGGCUACUCGAAGAGGUGUACACGGACAAAGACCGAGCGGCCGCUGUCAACUUAGGCACGCGCGACAUCAAAGCGUCGUUGCGCAUGAAACGACGACAGGACCGGAACCGGACGCUGCACAUACCAUCCACGGCCGAGUCACCCACCCUGUUGGCGUUGGCCCGGCACUGCGUUAAUGACGUGAGCGUGUCGCUCGAGUUCAUCGACAAGGCAUUGGAAUUGAGCCCGAAUGACAAAACAGCUUUGGUUUCUAGAAGCAAGUGUUAUCUACUUCUCGGUCAACCACGUUUGGCAUUGAAAGACGCCGAGGUGGCGUUGAACGAGGAUAGCACAUAUCUGAAAGCCAUAUAUCAGAAAGCGGAAGCACUGUACCAUCUCGGCGAUUUCGAACACAGUCUCGUGUUUUACCACAGAGGACUCCACGUUCGACCGGAGCUUGAACAGUUCAGGCUGGGCGUGCAAAAGGCCAGAGAGGCCAUCGAAAAUGCCAUAGGAAAAAUGAAGGACACCACCUUCGUCAUACAGCAGGUCGGCUGGGCGGUCAAGCGUCAAGCGACCGCAGCUGGAACAGUCAAUGGAGGCAGUGGUGGUGUCGGUGGUAGUAGAGGUUCGACACCUGCAGUGACGGGAUCAGCAACGAGGCGCAAAGACGCAGUGGCGUCGGCGGCCACCACCAAAAGCCAAUCGAAAAUGUUGCUUAGGGAAUUGUGCGUGGACAAGGACUAUUUGGAACACUUGACGAUAGAUCCAAAUAUCGUGAGUGCCAUAAAAGAGGACGACGACUAUAUACUGUCUGAAGCGAAAGAUGGCAUUAGUUUUCUAAAUGGCCGAGAAGAGUUCUGGAAACAACAAAAACUUAUUAACUAGAUUUAUUAUAUACCUAAAAUGUAUUUUAUUUAGGUAUGCAUUAUGCAGUUUAGGACAAAUGACAAUUGAUAGGAUAUUUUUGAUUUAAUCGACUAUAGGUAUACAUAACUAGUCGUAAAUUAAUUAAUUUGAUAUUGAGUAGUUUUU